AUGGCUACAAACAGUGGACGACCAAACAACAUCGGCGCGCCUGAGGGCCUAGAAAUCAAGCAGCAAUCACCUCCACCGCUGUCGAAAGAAGUCAAGGCCGACAUUACGGACAGCAUGCCGUCUUCAUCAGUGCACGCUUCCGGGCAGGAUGCCGGGGCCGCGAGCAACGCACCGGCAUCAGUAGAGGCGCCACCACAAGGCAAGAAUGAACGUCCUCCGGCAGGGGAGGCUUCGUAA